GGAUAACACACUUUUACUUUUAUUCAAAAAUUUAUUUUAUUUUACCUCAUCUACAAGAAAAGAAUUCCCAUUCUCCUCUAUCUAUAUUUAUAAGAAAUUCCCCAACAACAAACGCAACAUCCACUAAUGUUUAUUUCCGUUUUCAUGCAACAUAACUAGUAAUUGAAGCAAAAUGAGAGCUAGCGGCAGCUCUGCGGUGCAGCAAGCCCUGACGGCGGAGGCAGCCGGGAUGGUGAAGCAAGCAGUGGUGCUGGCGAAGCGUCGCGGCCAUGCACAAGUGACCCCACUCCACGUGGCCAACACCAUGCUUUCCGCCUCCCCCGGCGGCCUCUUCCGCGUGGCCUGCCUCGACUCCCACUCCCACCCCCUCCAGUGCAAGGCUCUCGAGCUUUGCUUCAACGUGGCCCUCAACCGCCUCCCGGCCUCCUCCUCCCCCUCCCCGGCCAUCUCCAACGCCCUCGUCGCUGCCUUCAAGCGCGCCCAGGCCCACCAGCGCCGCGGAGACAACAUCCAGCAGCAGCAGCAGCAACAGCAACAACCCCUCCUUGCAGUGAAGAUCGAGCUCGAGCAGCUCAUCAUCUCCAUCCUCGACGACCCCAGCGUGAGCAGGGUCAUGAGAGAGGCCGGGUUCUCGAGCACGCAGGUCAAGAUCAACGUCGAGAAAGCAAUCUCCUUGCACCUCUCCACCUCCUCCUCUCCCUCUCCUACACCAAAACAAACCCUCUCCUCAUCUCCAGCCAGGAACGAAGAUUUGGAUGUCAUAAUCGACACUUUACUAUUCAAGAAGGAGAAAAGGAGCUUGGCCUUAGUUGGGGAGAACACAUCCAGCUUAGAAGCUACUGUGAAAGCUUUAAUGGAAAGGGUUGAGAGAGGGGAGGUGGCGGAGUCGUUAAAAGAGGUGAAGUUCAUAAGCAUCCCGCCGCUCUACACGUUCAGCAACCUCCACCGCGACCAGGUGGAGCUGAAGAUAAGGGAGCUCACGCGCCUCGUGCAGAGCCUUGUCGGGAGAGGGGUGGUGCUGUAUCUUGGAGAUUUGAAAUGGAUCAGUGAUUAUGUGGAGAGGGAAGGGAGCUACUACUGCUCUGUGGAGCACAUGAUCAUGGAGAUUGGGAGAUUGGUUUGGAGCGUUGGGGAGAUGGAGAGGUUUUGGCUGAUGGGGAUCGCCACAUUCCAAACUUACAUCAAGUGUAGAAAUGGCUACCACUCUCUCCAAACUGUUUGGGGGCUCCACCCUCUCACCAUUCCUGUUAAUAGCUUGGCUUUCACCCUUGUUUCCCACAGCGAUGAGAAGAGUGAAGGUGGAGAAAAUGGAGAGAUGAAGCUUUCUUGCUGUGUGGAAUGUUCAGAGAAAUUCCACGGCCAAGUACGAGACAUGGAAGCCGGUGCUAACGGCCCAGCCUUGUCGAGAUUGCCUUCUUGGCUUAAAGAUGAAAGUAGAAGACUAAAUGACAAAGACCAGAAAUCUGAUGCGAUGAAGGAGCUAUGCAAAAAAUGGAACUCAUUCUGCAGCUCGGUUCACAAAACACCUUCAUCCUCGUCACCACCAUCACUCGGAGACGCCAUGGACACGGACGGAGCACAAAGGUUCAAAGAAUUUAACGCAGAGAAUCUGAAUCUCCUAUGCAACGCGCUGGAGGAGAAGGUUCCAUGGCAGAAGGAGAUCAUCCCGGAGAUCGCGGGAACAGUCCUGCAGUGCAGGUCGGGAAUGCUGAGGAGGAAAAGCCAGAGCAGCGACGUUAAAGAAGAGACAUGGCUCCUUUUCCUCGGCCCGGACCAGAACCAAGCCAAGGAGAAGAUCGCCAGAGAGUUGGCCAAGAUCGUGUUCGGCUCACAUUCAAACUUCGCAUCAUUCGGGCUGAGCAGCUUCGUGGAUUCGGAUUGCCGGAACAAGCGGGGGAGGGACGAGUGCAGGAGCUUCAUCGAUAGGUUUGCAGCGGCGGCGGCGGCGGAUCCACACCGAGUUUUCUUGGUGGAGGAUUUGGAGGAGGCGGAUCAGUGCUCGCAGAUGGGGAUCAAGAGGGCGAUCGAGAAGGGGAGGAUUGUUGAUCAGAAUGGGGAGGAGGUUGGCCUCUGCGAUGCCAUUGUUGUGUUGAGCUGCGAGAGUUUCAGCUCCAGAUCGAGGGGGUCUUCUCCUGGUGAUGAUCGGAAAGAGGAGGAGGCGGGCGGUAUCUUGGAUUUGAAUAUGUCGUUUCAAGAUCAAGAUCAUGAUGAUUUGGGAAUUCUUGAAAAUGUUGAUAGGCGCCUAGUGUUUAAGAUUCAGGAUUUGCGGUAAUACUAGUUUUUUCUUUUUUUUUCAGUAGAACGAAAAUGAAUUCAUUUUCUAGGUAAGUUGGGUUAUUUAAUUGGGUAUAAUAGAAUUCUCAGUUCCCACCAUA